AUGCCAAAGGUUUUCUGUCUAGCUGAUGUCUGCAUGGUUCCAAUUGGUACUGGUUCUGCCAGUAUCUCUGACUUCGUUGCUGCCAUUGAGUCCAAAAUCAGGGAGAGCCACUUGAAGUCUACUUUGCACAGUGCAGGUACUACCAUCGAGGGCCCAUGGGAUGAAGUUAUGGGUUUGAUCGGUGAGAUCCACGAGUAUGCCCAUGAACUGGGCUAUGUCCGUUUGCAAACUACCAUGAGAGUUGGUACCAGAACUGACAAGCACCAGACUGCUCAGGACAAAGUCGAUGUUGUAUUGAAGAAAAUGGGCAACGACAACUAA